AUGGAAGAUCAGCUCACGGCUCCCUGCUUGACCAUCCUUCCCUCUGGCUGUCUGGUGGCGCGUCAGUUCAGAAGCUUUGCUUCUCUCUCUUUGCAGGAUCUGGUCCAAAGAGCGUCCCAGACCCCAGCCCGCUCAGGGGAGGGCACCUGCUCUUUUGAGGAAGGGCCACAGGAUCUGGUUGAAGGAGCAUCCCAGACCCCAGACCGCUCAGGGGAGGGCACCUUCUCUUUUGAGGAAGGACUGCAGGCUUUGAGGUGCUCCCCUGACCCCUUGGCCCAGGAAUUUAUCAGGGCCAUAGAGACCAUCGGUCAGUUCGCUCUCCGCCUGUUCAGUGAGCAUCAGCAGCUGAAGAGCCGGCUGCACCGCCUAGAAGCCCAGCAGCAGGAGAUGGUCUCCCGUCACCUGGACGAGAAGGCGCAGCUACAGGAGGCAGUGCGGGAGCUGAAGAGAAACCAGGAGGCCUCCAGAGCCCAGCAAACCGCUCGCCAAAGAUCAGCCUCACGGCCCUCGCCAUCCACAGGCGUAAGGACUCUUGAAAAAGACUUCCACGUUCAGGUCCAGACCACUGGGAAGACUUAUGGCUACGAUGGGCAGUUUUUACAGGAUGUCUCCACGCUCCUGUCCCGCCAAGGCGUCUCUCUAAAAGUGAAGGGGCUCACCGAGAAUUCGAAACACCUCCUUCUGGUUUUCUGCCCCAUCGCUUCCCGCAUGGGCACCGACAUCGAAAACGCCCUUGAGAGACUUAGCAGUGAGCGGAUGGUCCUCCUGGUGGUGAUGCACUAUGUUCAAAAGGACAACCCAGGAACCUCUGUGGAUGCUAAGCACCGGGUGCCCCAUCCAGCCGUGGUGGGGACCGUGCACACCCGCUUCACCCUCCAGGAUGGCUUCUACCCUUGUGAGAUGAACGAGAGGGCCGUGGCUGACGUGGCAGCUGCCCUCAAGGCCCUGGCUGAAGAUCACGGAGGAGGGGGGGGGCUUGGCUUUUUCUGGUGUCCUUCUCGUGUGAUGUCAUCUUGUGGGGAAGGGUCGCAAGGGGGGGAUUUUAAGACACGUUUGGAGGUUGCUUCAGUGCACGCUGGGUUCUUGCACUGGGGGUGGGGGGGAUGCACACCUCCCAGGCCAUGUAGCAGCAACAUGCUUUCAGGUGAGGAGUUUGCUUGCGGUGGUCAGAGAAAUCAUCCCUAUUCCUCUGGGCAAGCACAGACUGACCCGGAGCCUCAGGCUGACUGGGCAGAGCUGGCCAGGUGCGCUUCCGUGUGUGAAAUAAUUGGUGAUGGAAGGGAAAGGCCAGCCGAGUGAUUGCAUGCAGUUGAAUUUUCAACAUUGUGUUACUUGUGGAAAAGGUGAAAUAAAGCAUGAGCGAGCUGAGGA